AUGCAUGCUCCUAAUCAGUUUUCUGGCCAGCCUAAACAUAAAGGCAAGGAGCCCAAUCAAAUAAAUGUUGUGAUCGAGGUGGAAGGUAACAAAUUGGCUGACACUCGUCUACAGAAGAUGUCUUCAGUGAAGCCAAUUGGUGAAUACCAACUGGCUCAAGCCAAACUUGAGAAGAAGUAUGAGAAGUUUAAGUUACUCAAAGACAACUCUUUAGAGUCGUCUUUUCUAGACAUUCAAGCCAAGGCACCCACGGUUCCUAAGAUGUUUGAGGACUUAUUGUCUAAUAAGCAUGGGGGGACUACCACAGUUCUUAAGUUAGGAGACCCCAGUAAUUUAAGUACUCUUGUUACUAUUAGAGGUACUUUAAUAAACAAAGCUUUGUGUGACUUGGGUGCAGGUGUGAAUUUGAUGCCAUAUUCAUUGUUUAAGAAGCUAGAAAAUGUUGGUAAACUGGCCCCCUAUGAGACUAGACUACAACUUGCCAAUUGUAGUCUUAUCUAUCCUAAGGAGAUUUUGAUGGAUGUGUCGGUGGAUAUUGGAAGGUCUGUUGUCCCUUGUGAUUUUUUAAUUGUAGAUAUGCUCGAGGACCCUAAGCCCCCAAUCUUUCUAGGGAGACCAUGUUUGGUAACUUGGAGGACUGUGGUAAAUGUUGCUAGAGGUAGGAUUGUUAUGGAAAUAGGGGAUGAAAAGCAUGAAUUUAAUAUAGAUAUUUUCCUUUAUUUUCAUGUGUUUGUUGAAUCUAUGUGUCACGUGGACACUCCAACUAAGUCUAGCUACGAGUUACAUGUUAAAGCUUUAGAAGCCUUUCUUGAAGGCACUAAGGAGAGUGAAGAGGUGAUGAGUUGGAAAGGUGUUUGUGAUGAAAAUUUUGAUCUAACACAUGACCUAUUGCAAGAUGAUAAGUUUCUGUAG